GCAACCCUGAAUACGCCGCGGAAGCUGGUGUGAGCAGCGGAUAGGGAUGUUGAUAAUUUGCGCGAAAUAGUGUGAAACACGUUGACAUUUUGCUGUUGUGUUUGUGGCCUGUUUGGUAUUCUGUUGCUGAAACAGAAGAACGUCUGUUGGAGCAAAAUGUUGGAGUGUGGCAUGCUGGAGCGGGACAGACAGACUAUUCGGAGAUGCUCGGUUGUUCUCUGCAAACAGCUGGUGGUGGAUGCGAUGCUCAUUCAGUCACUACAAGCAGACGACAUCCUAACCGAGAGCAUGGCAGAGAGCAUCUUGGGUGAGCAAACCUCUCAAAAACGAAGCUGGCAUUUGUUGCAACUCCUACCAAAGCGAGGCCCCAGAGCCUUUAGAAGCUUCUGUGCAGCUCUGCGAGAAACUGAGCAGCAGCACCUGUGUGAUCUGCUCACACAAUCCCCAGAAAGAGAUGGUAGAGAGGCACAAUUAAAGAGUAUUCAGCCUGAGGAAGAGCCAGAGGGAAAGGCAGGGCGAUUGCUCAUGCAGACACCAGAAAAGAAGAGCGAGGGUCAGUCCCUGUCAGAGAACAGGACAGGAACAAAGAGACAGAGGAUGAAGAAAUCAGGAAGUGAUAAACAGACAGAUAGGUUUGUGGAUCCUUCUCUCCCAUUUCCAACCCAGGAGGUUAUUGCAGCCAAGAGAGCAAGGACACGUGAGUCCAUGGAAUUUAGUCUGGAUGCAGAUAGUCCCAUCAACUCUCCUGUGCUUCCAUGCACGUCUGACUUUUACCUCUCACACUGCCAGCAGUCUUACAGAAUGAACUCAUCCCCUCGUGGCUUUGCCUUAGUGAUCAGUAACGUGACCUUUGACCCUUGUGCCGCUCCUGACCUUGACCCCAGAAAGGGGGGUGAAGUCGAUGAUGAGGUCCUAAGGAAAGUCCUCACAGAGCUUGACUAUCUAGUUACUGUCCACAGAGACCUCACUGCUCAGGGCAUUAGGACUUGCAUCGAGAAGUUCUGUCGACGGUCAGACCACCGGACAGUGGAUAGCUGUGUGGUUUGUCUUCUCUCACAUGGAGUGGACGGAGCUGUGUAUGGCACUGAUGGACAAGUCCUGCAGCUGGACUGGGUGUUUGAGGCCUUUGAUAAUGCGCACUGUCCUUUGCUGCAAAACAAACCAAAGAUGUUUUUCAUCCAGGCCUGCAGAGGAGAUGAGAUGGACUGUGGAGUGGAGCAAAUAGAUGGACCAGUGAGGACCAGCUCACCGAGCUGUGAACAGUGGGAUGCUGGGAGGGAAGAACAGGGGGAUGCAGAGUCCAGACAGAACAGGGACAUGGGGAGGCCCAGGAUUAAACUGCCACAGCGCUCUGACAUGAUCUGCGGCUUUGCAUCUCUCAAAGGUCAGAGAAUUUGCACAGCAGCCAUGCGAAACACCAAGAGAGGAUCCUGGUUUAUCCAGGAGCUUAACACAGCACUCCGCCUCCAUGCAAAAGACACACACCUUGCAGAUAUCCUGGUGCAGGUCAACAGGAAUAUCAAGGAGCGAGAGGGUUACGCCCCUGGCACUGCCCACCAUCGUUGCAAAGAGAUGUCAGAGUUCACUAGCUCAUUGUGCAAAGACCUUUACCUGUUCCCCAAGUACCCGUCCCAGUAUUGAUGUGCAAAUAUGCACAUACAUAGAUUAACUCACACAGACAUCCCUUGCAUUGAAACCUCUCACACAACCGUUCA